CGCCAGUUUGUGCUCAUGUGGCCGGUCAGUUUGUUUAUAUUCGUAUGGUUCGUUUUUAAUGAAAGCUGAUUGAGUUAUUUGAACUGAAUUAAUAUGUCUGCCGACUAUGCGCACCUGUGCUCAUCUCUACUAGAGCAAUGCUUUGGAAAAGUGGUGCAGGCCGUGGCGGAUUGUCUCUUCUCAGCCACCACGCGCACAUUGUCGCAAAUUGUGAGCAGCACCAAUUUCACUCGAAAGGAAGUGGUGCUCGCUCUGGCGGUACUAAUCAAAUUUCGUCUGGUCAACUUUGAGCCAUCCAAGAACAAUCCUUUUUUGGCCGAGUAUGCGCUGAGGCGGGAAGAUGUGAUAUGCUUGCUUCGAUACUCCCGCUACAUACAUCUAGUACAAACCAAGUACGGAAAUGUUGGUGCUUCAAUAGCGGAGGAACUGCUAAAUGCGGGCUCAGAAACGGCCACUGCCUUGCUGCUCAAAUGCUUGGCUGAUGGUGAAAACAAGGCAGAGAGUGCCGAAACGUAUAGGGAUACGUUUCUGAAAAUGAUAUCCGAUCAUUACAUCAUUAAAAUACCCGAUCUAGUGCCGGGCGAUGAGCAGGAUGAGGCGGUGCCCAAGUUUCAGAGAAAUGAAUGUGAUUACUUUAUGCUGCCCACCAUAGAUCUAAAGAUAUUGGCGCAGAUACAAAAAGGCGAGGCGACUCUGUCCAAGGCUUUGGAUGCAGCAUUCGUGUGGAGCCUUAACUAUGAUCGAUUCCAUCAAGAGUUUCGGGAUGAUAUCAUGAAACUGGCCAUAGAGCGGAAAUUGGGUGAAAAUGCAGCCGAAUGCUUUAGUUUUAUAUUGAACCUCGUAUAUAAUACCACCGAUCCAUGGCAAAGAAAAGCCUCAAAUUUAAUCACAUUUGUGGAGAUAAAACAAGAAAUUGAGCGUAAAUCAAACAAUCUGGAGUUGAUUAAGUAUUUGGAUCAAUAUAUUUGUUUAAUAGUGGAUGAUUCACUUGGUUUCCUGCGCAAAGUGGGAGACAUGGGCGGCGGUCAGUAUCAAGUGGACAUGGAGAAGGCAUUUGAGUCGCUGGCCUUCGCCUGUGUGGAGGCUGUCAUAACCGAACGCUUUGGGUCGAAGGCGGCGCGUAUAUUUCGUGUAAUACGCUUCAAGAAAUUCAUAGAACAGGAGGAUCUGCAAAAGGAGGCUAUGAUACCCGAAAAGGAGGCCAAGUCGCUUGCCUACAAUCUAUUCCAGGAGCAAUUCAUACACGUUAAAGUUAUCAAGAAGCCUGGCGGAGGUGGCAGUGGUCCGGCUAAGGCUUUCUAUCUAUUCCACAUUAAGGAGAAAGAUACUGUGCGUAUGCUGCUGGAUAAUUGCUUCAAGUCCUUGUACAAUACAAUAAGACGUUCGAACUAUGAGAAGAAUGAGCACAAAGGCUUGAUCGAGAAAUCGCAAAGACUGGACAGCAUUGUGGAGGCGAUGAAGGAGCGUGGCGAAUCAGACGAAUACAUUGCAGAGAUUGUGGAAACUUUUACACCGCCCGAAUGUGAAAUUCUAAACAAAGUCAAAAAUCGCAUAAAGACCUUGUCCAAGGCCGAACUGACCGUGGACGAUACGAUCUUCUUAUUGCAGAUGUUUCAACACCACUGUACGACUUUACCAACUGGCAUUCAACAGUUUAAAUAAAAAAACCAAAAAAUU